GCGCAAUUUGUUCCAGAUCUGACGGCGGGAAGAUGAGGAAAGUUUAGAAGAAAACAAAGUCAGUUUUCCGGAGUUUAUGCUUUUUUCUUUUUAAAGGACUUCAUUCUUUUCUUAGGAUGGAUGUGAAGAGUUUACCACAGGAACUAAAGCGCUGGGCUACUGAGGAAUUCCAGCUACCUGCUCGCAAGAUGCCUUCUGACAGUUUUUUUAGAAAGCUUUGUCUUGGCCAAGGUGUGGACAUCUGGAAGUAUGUUACUCGGCAUGUUUACCAUCAAAAAAAUGUAAAAACCAUACGUGGGAAUUUACAAUGGUACAGGGAGAUGGAAAAUCUUGAGGUAAAGAAAGGAGAAUGCUAUAGUCGAGCUGAUCGAAGAAAAGCAAUGCAAAGAGAGGUUCAGGAACUGAGGGAGGAAUUAGAGCAACUUGAUUCUCAGAUUGUUUUGGCACAAAAUGAGGUUCUCAGCACAGAGAAAUCUGUUGAAGACAUGUGGAGGCAAAUUACUGAAUCCAGAAAGAGAAGUAUUUUGUUGAGAUCGUUUGCAGAACAGUGCAUCGAGAAUCGACAGAAGCUAAGCACUUACAUUAACAAAAUAAAUAAUCAUACCCAAGUUUUGGAAGAACUUGCUAGGAAGGCUGAAGUAGUACUUGUUUUUGGAAAGAAUCACACUGAAGGAAAUUUGAGCAUUCCAUCUGUGGGGUUAGAGCCCCAGGUUCUGCGUGAAGUAAAGGAAAUCUGUCAGGAGAGAUUUAAUUUCUUUCAUACACUGCUGGAAAGCGAGUUGGGAAUGGCUCCUUUGUGCAAACGCCUGAGUCACCAAGAGCGCAAUGCAGCAUUUCAACAUUGGCUUAGUGCUGUUGAGGACCUAAUUCGCUCUCACCCACCCAGUCAUUUGCUGGCAGCACUGGAGCAUUUAGCUUUGUUGCGACAGGAAUUUCUGAAACAGAAGACUGCAGAUAUCGAUGUCUCCCGAGAUAUAGAAAAACUCAGGUUUCGCAUUGAGAGCAAGCAUCUCCAGGAUGUUUCAAACAAACAUGAUUUCCUUCCUUCUGUAAAGUUGCUUCUUCAGGAAGGUUGGAAUCAUGUCCAUGAUAAAAAUAUGCAGCUGGCUGCAAAACACGCCCACAAUCGUGAACUGUUAUCCAUUCUGAAUUCAAAGAAGCAAGAAGCAUUUCAGCAGUUAUCAAUGGAUUCUGAGAAGGUCAACUUAUCUCGGUCUGCUUUUGAUCUGGAGCUGCAGUUGGAAAUGUCAAAGGCUCUGAGGGACGGGUUGCAAAAGCAGUGCCAAGACUUAAUAGAAAUAGCCCAAGAUAAAGAAGAGGCCUUACUAAAGCUACAGAAUAAGUGGCAAAGUAUAAUGAGCUUCAGGCAGCUGGUGGAUAAGAAGCAAGAACAGAUUCGGGGCUUAAUAAAAGGGAACUCCUCAGCCAAAUCAGAGCUACUGAAAGUGCAAGCAGAGAUAGAGCUGUUUGUUCAGGAAAAAUUGCAGAGACACCACCCAGAGUUAGCUGCAGUCGCUGGAGAACAUCAAAACUCAGUAAGCCGUGAACUUCGGCAGUUUAGUGGUAUCACAUUAACAACACUUUCCAGGAGAUGCCUUGAAGAGGUGCAACUGGUUCCAGCACACAAGUUUUCCAUUUACCGGAUAGACAUGCCAUCGCCUUAUGAAAAGUCUGUUUUUGACAGUUUAUGCCAGAGUUUACGCUUUGCUCAUUAUAUGGCUCCAGAAAAGCUGGUAUUCAGUGCCGUAGCUUUGAAGAGGGAACAUCGGGAGCUGUUGUACCUCCUUAACAUGAAAAAGAACUGUUUGCAGAAAAUUAAACAGUUGGAAGGGAAACUACCUGCUAGUGAUCUGCAAGCACUUCUUGAUCAAGUGAAAGCAGAAGACCAGGAACUGGUCACAACACUCCUCCCAACUGUCCAACGUCUCUCCCAGCAGAGCUCCCGGUGUAUAGAAUAUGGAGCAGAAGUGAAGAAAGCAAUUGUUCAUUGGUGGGAACAGCCUGCUCAGUUUGCCUUGCCAGAAGAAAGGAGACACGGUCUUACAGUUCAACAGUGGAUUGAAAGGUGGUCAAUGGCAGCAAAGGCUUUGCAGCAGAGCCAGGGGAAUUUGCACUAAGUGCACAUAAAUCACACUGUUCAAGAAUUUGACAUUUGUUAAGCAUGUUUAUUGAGUUGGAUAUAUUGUCGAUGAAGCUAAUAAAUUUUGUAUAGCUUGUCUUUAGUGAGAACUAAAUUAAUAUAAUCUUACUUUACACAGAUCACAGUAAACAGAAAUGUCUUUAUCAAUAAGAAUGAAUUUUUAUUAAAAAUCCAGUGCCUAAUGUGGAAAUGUUUAUGAUUUGUACUGUUUUGAAAGGGUGCAUUGGCAUGAAAAAGUAAGCACACUCACUCAUGAGUAUUAUAGGAUGUAAGAUAAUGUGAACAAUAUAAAACCCAGAUCUUCGUUUUGCUCUUUUAACUGUUUAAGGUGGUACCAUCUGAAAAUAACAUUGAAGGAUAGAUCUUUUCCAUUAUUUAUGAUUUAAUCAAACCUAGAAGAGUGUGUGAUAUUAUUCGCUGGUGUUGCACCCUCCUAGUUCAAUCAAAUGGGGUUCAUACCCCAGCUCAUUCACUAUUUGUUAUUAUUGCAUAGUUUUCUCUUGUCUAUGUAAGUUUUACCUCUAGAAUUUUGUUGAUAGAAUUUUAAACAUUUGUCCCUAAAAAGCUCACUGCUAGACACUUUGAUGGAUUAGUGGCAUGCAUAUCUAGGAGUGGUUUAUGCAUUGUGCAAAUUCUGUUUAAUCCAAAUCAUUAAAAACAGGGUUAGAGAAACUAAUGGGUGAAAAAUUAGACCAUCCAUCCACAUCAAUUUUCUAAACCCACUUUUCCAGGAAAGGGUUGUGGAAAAGCUAAAGCCCGGCCCAACCUGCAUCAGGCGUAAGGCAGGAACGAGCCAAAGAUGGGGCGUCCAUCCAUUGUAGGGUAAACAAACACACUAAAGCCAAUGUAGCAUUCCACUUGACCUGUAUUUCUUUGGAGUGUGAAAGGAGAUGGGAGUACCUGGAAGAAACCCCUGUGAAUACAGGGAGGGCAUGCAAACUUCAUGUCCAGAGCACUGAUGAAUUACACAAUUGCUUGAAAAUAUAUUUUAUUAUAUAUUACUUGUUUUACAAUAAAAAAAUCACAAUGCUAAUUAUUGGUGAAAUAUAUUUUUCAAAACAUAAUGUAAUCGGAGCCAUGUGAUGGCUGCUACUAUUGGAUAAAUAACUUGUAAAAGUGUACAUAAUAUUUAGGAUGGGACCAUGAUAUUUAGGAUGUAGUUAUUACAGGCAUGGCGCUGCUAAAAAAUGAAGUAGUAUUAUAAUUGCAAUUUAGAGGAACUACUAAGUGCUUUAAUAUUGUUAUGAUUAUUUAGAAGAUUUUUUUGGGGGGGUAAAAGACAAUUUAUGCAAGAAUAAAUCAUUGGACUUUUAAGCAUACAAACAUAAUUGAAACACAUUUUACUUUUGAUAAUGAAAAAUAAUUUUUAUAAACUAUAGAAUUAACACAAUGUAUGUAUGAAAACUAAUUUGCAAACAAAAAACAUUGGGAAUAUUACACCAGAUAAACAGUUCAGUGUAAACAAUUUAUAUCUCAGUAGCUUAAACAGUCAAUUCAUUGCAAAACGAGGGUGACAAUUUGUUUGUAAAACCAAUAUGCUUCAAAUAAAAUUAUUCUUACUCUGACACAACUUUUCUCUCUAGCCGUCUGCACUCAUUUCAUAUUGUGUUGUCAAUGUAUUAUGUUAAUUUCAGGUCAGCAUCAUCUUUUUGUAUAGUGCUCUUUAUUCACAUAUCUACAUCUGCUGUACAAAUUACAUACAGGGUGAACAUCUGCAAAACUAUAAAUUUGGGUCACGUAUAAAGCAGAAGAGCAACUUCAAAUUCAUCAACAUAAACAGGCUGUGCAAGUUUGUUAAUUUUAGUAUUGCAAUACAGGCAGGGGACUAAAAUAUUAACUAGUCAGAAGCAUUCCCGAAGAAAAUAAACCUUUGUGGGAUCCAUGGUCAGUUAUAUCGGACACUUUCACAAUCCUGGACAUUCUACAGUAUUAGAUCAAUUUAUGCCUGCCGUCUAUAGGAUAAUUAAAUCAUGUCAUUCUUGGGUUCCAGUCCCAAUAACUCUGGUAUCUUUCCCCUGGGCUGUAGUACCUUCUCGUCAGUACAGCAGUGGCACAAUGUGUGAACAAUAUACUGUAAUGAGAUUACACAUUGGUUCAGGGGUCCUCAAGUUUGGUCCUGAAGGGCAACACCAACUGAAGAUUUUUGUCAAACCCCCCCCCCCCCCCCAAUUCUUAAUUAGAGUCCAGUUAUUUUUGAUAAAGCAGUUACUAACAGUGUAAAAGGCUUAAACAAAACUGGUUAAGAAAAACAUUUUUCUUAAUGUUAUUAAUAAAAUAAAUAUUUAGAGCAGCAAGGGAACUGUGUCGAAAUAUUCUAUAUUUUUGUGAAAUUCUCUUGAGUUUAAAAGUAAUUGCUGUUACUUUGAGUGUUGAGUUUUUUACUAUGCAAACAACUUGUAAUCUGCACAAAAUAA